GUAGUCGUUCUAGGGGUGGGUCUUUCUUGGCAAAGGAAAACCCACCUUUUUCAUUGUUUGGAUGUCGAAGGAAUGUGAUGGUUUGAUCUUGUGGCGCAAGGGAGGGGGUGAGUGAAGGAACUAGCGAGGACCCUGCUGAGAGCUGAUCUAUUCAUCCUCAAAAAGUCAAACGCGACUGAGUAGUUUGCCCUUCCAGAGAGCUAACGUUACCACCGAAAAAAUCCCACUACUCUUCUCCCGGUGCUCAAGGUGACCAAAACUCACGUGGAUCACUAGGGAUUGUGGAGACAAGGCGUAAAUAAAAUAAUAAAAUAUCCAAAACUUCCCCCUAAAGGUAAAAGAAGACAAAGGGAUCUUAACUUUGAAUCUUCAAUUUCUUCUUCAGAGUCCUAGAGCCACUUAGAAAUCACCACCAUACAAAUGUGUACCCCUCUAUCAAUCAAUCAUAAAGACCUCACAUUGGAUUAGUAUCAGAAAGAAAAAAUGACAGACACAACAAAUCGCCAUCUAAGGCACAAGUUGCAGAGCUUAGGGCGACGUCUGGAUGAGCUUGAAGAGGCCAGAGGAAAACUACAGAAAGCUGAAGAUGAACUUCUUGACAUUCAGGACAAAAUCAUUCAGGCUGAAGGGAGUAAUUCCUCACUGCUCGCCGAUGUGGAGGCAAUGCGGAAGAGAUUGCUCAAAAUUGAAGGCAAAGAUGAAGAGGUCAGAAAAGCAGAGGAUCUUUGUCGGGAUGUUAGGGAGAAACUAGAUCAGGAGGAGAAACUUACCAAGGAUCUUAAAGUGGAGAUUGAGCGUCUUCAGCGCAGAAUGUCUGAACUUGAGAAGCUUGAAGAGGCUUUUGGUAAAAGCAAGUCAGACUGUACCCAGUUGUGCCUUAGUCUUAAUGAGGAGAAAAACCUGACCAAAAAGCUUGCUGCAGAGCUUGAUGCCUUGAAGGCACGUGUAAAGGAAGUGGAUACCUCUGAAACUCGACUGGACAGGGCAGAAAAAUCCCUUACAGCAGAGAUGGAGAAACUAAAGAGUCUCACUCAGACAUUUGUGAAUGAACGCAAACGACUUCUUGAAAGGCAGAGAGAGGAUGAGAAAAUCAUACUCAAACUGACAGAGAAGCUUGAACGCCAUAAAAACAAACUGGGCACAGCAGACCACACCCGAUUUGAUUCUAGAGAUCUUAGAAUUGAGGAUGAGUUCUCAACAGGUCUUACAUGCAAACUGACCAGGAAGAAGAGUUUUGAAUACUUAAAGCAUUCAGAUGACCUUGAUUUGAGAAAUGAGUCAGAGAAUGAAAAAAAUUGCAUAGAGGGACAGGAAGAUAAUAAGGUAAAAGACCUCAGUCAGGAAGUGGAAAGAUUGAAAAAUCGUUUGAAGCAAAUGGAGUUAGUGGAGGAGGACUUGAAGAACGUGGAAUCCAAGAAUGCUGAACUGAUAGAAAAGUACCAGCAUGAGAGGAACCGUAGUCAAGCUCUCCAUGACCAGGUUGAGCAGAUGAAACAGCAGCUUAAUGGUUGCAGCAAUAGUAAUGGAAACUCUGCAAUUAGCAGCAUUACAAAGGCCCUGGAGAAUGGCAAGGCGGAAAAUGAGGAGAUCAAUGUACGAGGUGGCGUCAGACAGGAGACACCUAAAUUCCUAAAUAGGAGUCCUGCUGCUUCUGAACCAGUCAUCUCCAAGUACAAAAGCAGAGAGGCAUCUCCUCAGCAAAGGCGAGAAACUAAACUGAGGAACAAAGACCUUUGUCACUCCACAGAAUGCUCCCCAAAGACUGUACGAAGGACUCUUAGUCCAGCACAUAAUGUCAGGAAAGGUUUGAAGACUGGUGCUCCCAGUGCUGUUUCUGACAAUGAGACAAAAGAUGGCAAGAAAGAAAAAAAAUGUGGAAGUGGCUCAUCAAGUGAAAGCAAGAAAAUGUCGGUCCUUAGUCGCUAUCCUCCAGCUGCUGAUUACCAAAAGCCUUUGAAGCCAUCGGUCAAGCAAAAUGACAGUGAUAGCAAGAGGAAUCAAGUGGACAAGUUGUCCAGAUACCCUGGAAGUGAUAAUGAAUCAGCCAGGGCUGCUAUCAUUGACUCAUCUGAGAAAGGACUAAAUGAACCUGGGAGUUUAUAUCAGGAUGCUUCUGCGUUGUUGAGUCUUUCCAAGGCAAACGGAUCCUAUACUGCUUACAAGUCUCAAGUCUCAUCUGUUCUGAGUGAUCACGGUUCUGAUGGUCACUCCUCAGCUUCUGAAACCGAAUCCACUGGCUCCAGGCGAUCGGCAGGUGAGCAAAGUGACCCCCUGAUAUCAAGUGCAAGUGGAAAAACAUCAUCAAAGUAUACCAGAUACUCACGACUGCAAGAAUCUUACUCUGAUGGUUCCUCAAAGAGCCCCUUUGGUGAGGAGCAACACAGGCCUCUUACAGUAGAAGGGGAUACCCAAGAGACUAUGCAUACUACCUCAGGUAUUGAGAUCCGCAGGGUAUGCAGUCCUCGUGAAGCCCUCCAGUCAAAAGCUGUCAUCAAGCAAGCCAUUGUUGAGAUUGACAGGAAGGAAGUGAUGUCAGGGAGAAUCACAGAGCCUUUGACUACCAGUGGAAAACCCAAGAUCUCCACUAAGCCAGUAUUGACUAGCAAGAUGACCAGCAGUAUCACCUUCUAUCCCAAUGAUCCCAGCUCCUCUCGAACAAGCAGUCGGAGCAGUAGUUUGUCAAGCGAGCCCCCUUCCAAGGAAAGGCACACUUCGACUAGUAAUAUUGUCAUCAGCCCCAGCAGUGAGCAUAGGGGUAGCAUCUCUAUACCUUAUGAAAUAUCCAUCCCUAAGAGUGAGAUCACUCUGUGUCAAAGUGAGACUGAUGCAGACCACUCUGAACCUCACGGUUACCUUGAGACCGCUCCUGUGGAGGCAGCCCUCCUGUCUCAAAGUAGCUUCAGCCUCCAGUCUUCAAGUGCUUCAGACUUAAAUAAUGACAUUGAAUCUGGGUUUGAGAGCAGCAGUAGCAGCACCACUGUGACCAGCUGGAGAAGCCACCGUCAAAACCACCACUCAUAUGAUGACAGUUUGCCAGAAAUGAGAAACAUCACCGUCAGGAGCACUUGGAGGAGCCGUGGGGCAGCUUCUGUGGAUGAAUCUGCUCGAGCAAUAAGGCAAGAUGGCUCGGAGGAUGAGGGCGAGGCUCCAACCACCUGGAGAGCAUAUAGGGCAACUACAGUGUUGGACACUCCAUCAAACACUAGCACUGUUGCUAACUUUGGAGGUAAACCAAGCCCAGCCGAGGUAUACAUGCGUAGGAUCAACAAUGCAGCACCGUCUAUCCCUGAACAAGGACGAAGGAACAAGAAGACGCCUUCACCAGAGAGGGCUAUAGCGCAUGAGCCUGUCAGCGCCCAGCAACUUCAGCCAAGAGGCCGUAAACAACCCAUGUCAUCAGAUGAUGGAGAACCUGUUCCGUCCUCAUGGCGAAGGCAGCCCACAGGUGACGUGGACCCGUACGAUAGGCCUGGGAGUCGUGGAGCUUGGUCUAGCAGAAACCGCCCAGCCGAUGGGAGCCGGUCGUGGUCAAACCGACAUCUGGAAAAUUGAUCCAAAAUGCCCACAUUUCCAACUAGUUCUUGCAUCUCAAAGCAGCCCCUGUGUGCAAGGAAUGAAGCUCAUCCCAUCUCUUCAGUUACACCAUGUCUUUAAUAGACCCAUCAGCUGAUAAGAGUUGCAGGUAGACCCCAAAAGACCCCUGGGAACCUUGUCAUCAUACCCGUACAUCAACCUGUAUGAAUUCACUAUCUUCCAGCUGUCGCUUUGGGAACGGAAGUCACAUGGUCCUACAGCGAUGAAUCCUCUUCUGCUCCUCGUAGUGUAUUAAAGUCGUCAGACAUGACAAGGGAGAGGUGCAGACAUGUGACUGCCUUGAUGUUGGGAAUAUGUGAAAGGGGCUUUGGGUAAUUGAUAUGCAUUUUGAGAACCCCUCACAGACCUUUCUGAUGCCACAGGUCUUGAACUCCAUGUGUUAUUCUCACAAGGAGCAAGUUACAGCUUCUCAAUUAUCUAUCAAGUUUUUUUUUUUUUUUUCAUUGGGAUUAUUGCACACAACUAAAAUGCAUUGAUUAUCCAGGCGAACACACACAUAGGUGUAUACAUAUUUUUUUGUCUUGUGUCUUAGGGGCCAGUAGUGUCAUCCACAUUCUUGGAGUACAUGCUAAGGCCAACAUUCUUCACUAUUCAUUGAUGUACAUAUGCCCAGUUGUCCAAAUUUAUUUUGAUCUCAUUUGUAAUUUGCUCCUUGAAUCCGAUCAUGCCAAUUUAUUCUGUUAUUAGUUUGUCUUUUUCCUUCAUCUGCUAUUUAACUGGAUUUGAUGAUCUCACAACCAGCAUAGCGAAUGCACAGGGCCAUCAAGACUAAACGUUUUUAAGAAAAGCUGGGAAAUGCAUCUGCAUGUUGACCUUUCCCCAUCUCAGUAGCUCUGAAGGGAUUCUGGCUUUGGAUUCCAAACCACUGGAGAAGAAUCCGAUCACCUAGAGGUCAUCUCAUUGUGACCUUGUCCAUCUGGGUAGCUAACUGGGAUUAACCCAAAUUCUGGACAUUUCGAGAGAAUUUUCAGAGCUGACUCAUUACAGACGCUCUUCUCUACUCGCUAAAUUUGCACAGAAAGACUAUGAUCCGAACUGUCUUUGUGUCACAGAAAACCAGCGUUUGGGAUUCUGCUGGUCCGAGUCAGUCUAAUAAACCCCUAGACGGGUUGUGUUUUCAAGUUAUUUCAGCCAUAGAGCUUGUUGAGCCUUGAGGGUGGCUAGCAUGACACCACAGAGGAUGCAGAAUGCUUCAGUUAUGAAUGCCUAUGCCUGGAUAAAUGGCCUCACCAUCGAAAACAUCGGAAUGCACAUCACGUUGUCCUCGUGUGGUUAGAACUUGUUGAAAUAUAAUUGAAUAGAGUUGUUGCAGAUGAAAUGUUGUGUACUGUUUCCAUUAGGUUUUAAACUCAAGUUCAGUGCCACCAACCAUGUAUUUUCUUAUUCCUGCUCAGAUUCCUUUUGUCCUCAAACACUACUCUUGAGUGUCUGUGUGUAUUAAUAUCUCUCUUAUCCAAUACCUUGAAUCGACGAUGAUGACAAAGGGUCAAUUAUCCAUCAGUCACUGGAAUAUGGGAUGUUUUACUUUUCUGUUUGUUUUAAUCUAAUGCUGUAUGUGUAAUGUUGGUCUGGGGGUUGAUGUUCAGGCGUCUCACUCGGUUAUUACAGAUUUAAAAAGAUCCACACCUCACCAUCACGGUCAGUUUUGCUUCGUUUUGUUUUCCUGUGCUUCUGUGCCCUGAAUAUUCAUCCCUUUGACUUGGGCUGGAUUGAGUCUUUGAAACAAAAGUGGAAAUUUCUGUUUGUCUAUCAAUUUAUCUUUUUUAUUUAAGUCAUUCUAAUGAAUUUGUAAUUGCACUUAAAUCAUUAAAACAGCCUUACAAAAGUAAGAAAACAGUCUAGAUCUUUCUGGAAAUACGUUUUUUCUAAUGUAUAAUAAUGUUCUCCGCUUUGGUUGUCUCUACACAUGAUUAACAGCAAAAAGUAUUGCUUGCAUAAGUUAACACCACAUUUCCCUAAAUAAUAGUGCCAACCAACUUAAAACGCAUUUCAUUUUCUAUAGUAAGCUGCCCAUACAAAACUUAUUUUUUUUAUUGUUUAUAUGUUUUAUUAAACUCAUUUGACUUCAGGCGGCGGUUUGGCUUUGUACUUCUCAAAUUUGCCCUACUUUAUUCUGCAAAGUAAAAACAAACGUUUGUCUUUCCAAAUGUAUAUCCCAGACUUCACCUCUACUUCCUGUUCAAGGGUCUCAUGCUGGAGCGAACACGCUGGCUCCUGUAUCUCAUGCCCUUGCUUUCUCAGAAUACCCUAGUGCCCUGGGCUGCUGUAAUCCAAGCUGCUGGUCCCUAAAGCGGUUUUAUUGGCUGGCUAAAGAAGCUGCAGCAGUAGGCUUGAUAUAUGGUCCCUGGGUUGGUUUCAGGUCGGAGGUCAGUGCUGCAUUUGAUGGCCUUCUAACUUCUAAGGGAGGAAAUGGGGCCAACUGGCAGCAAAUAAAAAAUACAAAGUGAAAAAGGAAGCAGAGUGGGUGACUGGAUUGGUGUCCAUGUGUGGUACCAAGAAGAACCAGGAGGGUCAGCCAGGAUUCUGUAGGGAUGGAAGGUUUUAGCUGUUUCCCAACUUCCGCAAAUAGUUUCAGGCAUUAUGAAUUGUAAAUCCCUUUAUAAUAAAUUUGUGCCCACUCAAAGCUUGCAAACAUGAUCCUAAAACUGCAGCAUGACCCAGAUUGAUGUGAUGAUAUAUAGAGAGUCUGUACUGGAAAUACCAGACUACAUCUCUCUUCCCAACCCCCCGGCCAGGCAAAGGUCUCACGGCUGCUCUGUGGCUUCAACGCACAACCACAGCUGUCGGAAAACGUAUAUUUUAUGCGCUCGCAAGACAGUCCAGAGUUUCUGAAAGUUAUUCUUUUUUUUUAAAAGAGGCCGACUGAAACCACAAUUCGCGAGGAAUUCUUCUUCAUUUCUCAACCCCAUUUACUGAUGUGUCAAUGUGCCGUUCACCCUCUGAAGUCAUCUAACACAUGUCUCAAAUUUUCUUUCCUCCACUUCUGUCUUUAGCUCUCUGUGGAAAUAAUCGGUCUGAGAUUUGGUUGCACGUCUCAGAACAGAUUGAAGGUUAUAUAGUUUCGCAUACUGUUCGUUUAAAAGAACUAGCAAAAUCAUGAAAAUACGUCUUCCUACAUGAAGAUUUUCCCAUCACCUUUAUGGACAUUUUGGCUAGCCAAACUUAACCUAGCUAUGACACCAGUCAGGAAGCAUUAUCAUGUCUAGCUUCUGACAGUUGGUUUUUAAUCAUUUUAAGUGGCAAUUUUCUAAACCUUAUUGAGAAUAGUAGUUGUAAUUAUUGUAUAAAAACAUUUUUGAACAAUAAAGUAAUAUUGAAUGCACAUAAGAGAACAUUUGAAGGCUUUGACAUGUGCACAUUUGACAUGUGCCUGCAUUAAAAGCAUUAAAAGGCCAAAAAUAGGUCAAUGUCAUGAAAUAUCACACUCCAGAUUCUGCACUUAACCAGCAAUUAAUUUAUUUACCCCUUUCCCUAACCUUUAUAGACUUCAAUUUUUAAUAUGCCUGUUUUUCCCUUUUCUUUUUUUAAAUCACUCCCCAGUUAAGUGAAUGUACAGUCAUCAAAGAUGUGUAAAUAUGUACAUGUGUUUUGUGCACUGGCCAGAAUAACAUAAUAAUUUCACCUGCAGCAUUACUGUGAGACAGCUCUUAUAUUUUUCUGGGUUGAGAGAUAGACUGUCCACAUUAUUUGUAUAUAAUUGCAAAGUGUUUUAUUGUCAUGUGUGUCAAUUAUUGUUAUUUUUUUCCUGUAAGGCCAAGUGCGAUAUAUUUCAGUUGACACAAUGUGCCAAAAAUCAUUCCAAGAUAUUUGUGUAGUUCUUUACAAGCUUUUCCUUCUGUUAUCUGAUUUUUUUUUUUCAAACUACAAUCAAAUAGUUUUAUUUAAAAAUAUCUUGUAAUUUUGUAAAGUGGGCCAUGUUUAAGAUAUGUGAAGAUUUGUCCCCCCUUGCUCUUGUUUAUUUGUGUAAACGUGUACCUUAUUGGACUCCUGGAGAGUGUUUUUUUUAUUUUUAAUUUCCAUAAACUAUUAAAGUUAGAUUCAGUUAAAAGUGUUAAUUAACCAGCUUUUCAGACAUUGCCCACUUGUGCGUUUUUUUCUAUCAUUCUAAGAGAUGUUCCUGGGUGAAGUGUUUAUUAAAUGUAAGAUGGCUAUGUUGA